CGCUGGAGGUGAAGAGUCAGGUGAAGUUUGGACAGUGAGUACUCAGUACCUGCCCAGCAAGCCCAAUGUUGCUGCCUGUGGAGCUUGUCCUGGUCGUCCUGGGCUUCUGCAUCCACAGCAGGGCAGAUGCAUCCUCCAAUCCUCCAGAAGUGUCUAAACUUUCUGCCUAUGAAAUCACUAUUCCUAAACUUGUAUGGGGACGUCAGAAACGACAUGUUGGCCAGGGAGAAUGGAUGGAUCAAAUGUCUUAUUCAGUUAAUUUGGAAGGUGAAGUGUAUAUGCUAAAACUGGAAAGGAACAAGAAUCUGCUUGCUAAGGAUUUUGUACAAUAUACAUAUGACAAAGAAGGCAAAAUGAAGGCAUCUAAACCCAACAUUCGGAUCCACUGUUACUACUACGGGGUUGUGGAGGGUGUUAUCGAUUCCACAGUUUUGCUCAGCACUUGCUUGGGUAUCAGAGGAAUUAUUUUGAUUGGUGAAAAAAGUUUCGGAAUUGAGCCAUUGGAAAGCUCAUUUACAUUUGAACACUUAAUUUAUCGACUAGAGGACAUGCAGGCAGAACCCUUUAUGUGUGGAGUACCUCACCAUAGUGGAUCAACAAAUAAUGAUCAUCACUCGGACUUUGGCAGUUUGGUGCAGCACCUGAGGAAAAAGCGAGCUGUUUUACCAAGAACCCGUUAUGUGGAGUUGGUUUUGGUUGUUGAUAAUGACAAAUAUAAUUUACACAAUAAGAAUGAAACUCUGAUUCAGGAUCAAAUGGUUGAACUGGUUCAUAUUGUAAAUGGAAUGUACAGCUCUCUGAAUGUCCGUGUCAUACUGACUGGUCUUGUGCUCUGGAAAGAUAAAAAUCAAAUUGUUAUCAAUGGAAGUGCUGGGGACGUUUUGGGUAGGUUUGUAAGAUGGCGUGAACGAGUCCUGAUCCCUGAGAAGAGGCAUGAUAGUGGACAUCUAAUUCUAGGUAAAGCACAGUUUAGUGGAAUUCUAGGCCUUGCCUUUGUAGGCACAGUCUGCUCUCCCAGGCUUGGAGGUGGGAUUGAUGUUUUUGGCGACAGUAAUGUGCCACGGGCUGCAACAGUUCUUGCUCAUGAGUUAGGACAUAAUAUGGGCAUAAUUCAUGAUGAUAAACGAUCCUGUGUUUGUCCAACUAAGCACUGCAUCAUGUACAGUGCAAUUACGGGUUCCAAGAAUUUCAGUAGCUGCAGUCAAGAUGAUUUUGUAAAGUUGAUUGAGAGAGGAGGUGGACUAUGUCUUCAAAAUGAACCUAACCCAGAAGAUCAGUAUUCCCUACCUUCCUGUGGUAAUUAUAUUGUUGAUGAAGGAGAGCAAUGUGACUGCGGUACACCACAGAAAUGCACUAAUCCUUGUUGUAAUGCAGCCACUUGUACUCUAACAUCAGGGUCACAAUGUGGAGAUGGGAAGUGCUGUGAGAACUGCAAAUUCCGCCCCGCAGGGACUUUAUGCAGAGGAACAGUGAAUAUCUGUGACCUCCCAGAGUACUGCAAUGGCUCCUCGCGCUUAUGCCAGCCUGAUGUCUUUAUCCAAAAUGGUUAUCCAUGUGCAAAUGGUACAACGUACUGCUAUGAAGGUUUAUGUCAGACAUACGAUGCACAAUGUCAGGCACUCUUUGGCUCUACUUCACAGCGUGCACCAACUGCAUGCUUUAGACAUGCAAACCGACAAGGGGAUAGGUUCGGGAACUGUGGAUUCCAAAAUGGCGUAUUCAAGAGAUGCAGCCUAAGUGAUGCUGAAUGUGGUAAAAUUCAAUGUAUAAAAGUGACAGAGAAACCUUUCGGCGUUGACACAAGCACUUCGAAUAUUGAUGGCAUUGAAUGUGUGAACGCUGACUUUCAUGUGGGUACAGAUGUCACCGAUCCUUCUUAUGUGAACACAGGCACUGGCUGUGACGAUGGCAAGGCCUGCAUUGGUUUUGCAUGUGUGAAUGCUAGCAACCUGGGAUUUGAUUGUGAUAUCAAAGAGAAAUGCAAUAACCAUGGUAUUUGCAACAGUAACAAGAACUGCCACUGUGAUGAUGGAUGGGCACCACCUAAUUGUGACACCCAUGGUUUCGGAGGAAGCAUAGAUAGUGGGCGCACUCGCAAAGAUACUUCACUUCAAGAUGGCUUGCUGAUAUUCUUCCUUUUGGUGGUCCCUGUGCUUACUUUGAUUGGUUUAGCCAUUUUUUUCAAACGUAAUGCAAUAAAGCGACUCUGGAGAAGGAGGAAAUCUCCACCUACGACAACACAGAGUAGAAGACAACCACAGAACACUUCCUCAAACCUAGGCGUUCAGAGAAAUAAUCCAGUUACUUCUACUGUGCAUACAAAUGCCUAUGCAAAUGUUACUCCACAAAGGCAAUAUGCUUCAAAAGAAAAUCCAGUACCUCUUACAGCCUAUGCACCUAAACAUCAAAUUCCUGUUCCACCUCCUCGACCAACCGUGCCUCCUCGACCUACCGUGCCUCCUCGACCUACUGUACCCCCCACAGUCUAAGUUCAGCCUCAGAACCCAAUGAACACAAUCUAUGCCUUAUGUCUAUUGAUAUUAGUGAUCAGAUAUAUACCUCAGAAAAAUAUUAAAAAGGAACCUUCUUUUCUUAUAAUCAUUAUUUUUAAUUCUUCCUGUGAACAAGUGGAUUCACAACACAUUUUUAGAAACCUUACUCAGUACUGAUGAGGUUUCAGUGGCAGUGCAACACUUUAACACCAAGCUAGUUUUACACUAGGCUCUGAAUGGGUCUCAAAGCUAAAGUCUCAGGUUUCUUUUAAAUAAGACUGGGCAGAGAAAACUGAAAUUAUUAAUAACAGGACUUUACAGGGGAUAAAUUCAUACAUAAAGUAAGAUUUCCAAAUUUAUGAUUGCAAACUGCCAUGCUUGAACUGUGCCAGAAGUGCGCCAUAUGGCUUGGGCAACUUUUAAAUAUGCCUGAAAAUAAGGUAAGCAUUUAAAUAUGCAAAUCAGCAUGCUAUGCCAGAUCUAGAACCCACAACUACAAAACUCAUAAAGAAAUGAAUACUGCUUACUCCAUGCUUGAUCCAACUAGUUAUACCAGGUGUUGAGUGGCCUAAACUUAAAAGGGGGCCACUUGAGAAAAAUUCAGGAAAUCUUCCGUUUUAUUUUUGUGGUUUUAGAAAAAGUAAGAGGAUCAUCCUGGCCCCUCCAAAAUACUCUAGGGCACUGCUGACAUUUUCAUGGCAUUCCCAGGACAUGAACUUUAAACUGGAUUAGUAUAAGAGCCAACUCAUCUUCUGUCCUCUCUGAAUGCAUGUUGGUUGCAUCCCAAAGCCAAAUUUGACUCAAGCUGAUGCAGACCAAUGCACAAAGCCAUUGCUGUGUUGACUCUAACAAAAACAAAAAUA